UUUCUGAUAUAAAAAAUAUUUUUUUAGAAUUUCUUAUUCGCUCAUCUCGCCCUCUUUCACCAAUGUCAGCAUCGCGAGCAAAGAUCAAACAACGAACAACAACACCUCCCGACAAAAAUAAUCUUCAAUCACCUCACCCAAUACCGGGACUUUCUUUUGAAGAACCAACAUCUUCAGAAAUGGCUAUGCUUUUGAAGGAAUUAAAUGAGAGAAAACAAGAUCUUGAGUUGGCAGCUAACUUAGGAAAUUCUUUGUUGCAAGAGAACAAGGAAUUAUUAGAAAAAAAUGAAUUUCUCGAAGAAUCUCUUGCAUCAAGCAAUGAAACAAUCUCUCAACUUCAACGCCAUUUAAAACAACGUAGCAAACUUUUUCGUACAAUUGUGGAUUUAGAGAAUGAAUAUACUGAAGAGGAGGAGACGGAGAAGGCUUGUUGUAGUAAUUCUUGUUCUGCGAGGUCGGUAGAUUUUUCUCGAAUGGAAAAACAACUUUCAAAUCUGGAGAAAGAAAAUACUCAAUUACGUAUUAAGGUUGAUGAUUUGGAAGAACAAAAGAAGACUAUUGAAAAGAGAGAAGGGAAUACUGUUAGCGAUUAUAUGUCACAAUUGAGGACGGCGAAUUUAAAGAUUGCACAAAUUCAAGUUCAACUGGGUGAGAAAGCAAAACAAUGUGAAUCCCAAACAGAGGAAAUUCAACGACUAUUGUCUGAUAUUUCUGAAAGGAAGAAACGGGAACGUAUUCUCUGGGAUGAAAAUGAGGACAUUCAAACACGUCUUGACAAUGAAAUACAUACACACGAACAACUUCGUUCUGAAAUUGAAUUGCUCCAAGAACGCUAUUUAGAUCUUAUUGUAGUGCUUAAAGACACAGAAGAUGAAUUGAGGGAACACCGUCGAAAGGCGGAAGUUCCUCCACCACCCCCAAUUAGGCGAACAAAUAGUGUAGACUCGCUUUAUGAUUCUUUAGCGUCAGAAUUGGAAGGAGCUGAUUCUGGUGGAUGUUAUGGAACUCCCAUGUUUUCUGCAAGAUAUGGUCCAUCAGCACAUUGCAGUUCUUUGGGUUCUGGGGGUGCUAUUGAUCAACAAUCACCAUCUCACCAACCAUCUACUUCAAAUGCUCAUGUUGAUUGUCACCCUCAGCAAGAAAUGUCUGUAAAUUGUCAAAAUUUUGAUGUCCCUUCUCGUGCCUUAUUAGAAGCUGUUCGUAGUACUCUUGAAGAUAGAAAACAUUUACAAAGAUUAAAUAAUAUUACUUCAAAACAACAGAAAAGAAAAAUUUCUAAAGAAGAAGGAAAAGAAGGGCAACCACCAAUAAUUGAUUCUCCAACUACUCCAACUUGUAUUCCUUUAAAUAAUGGAGGGCAACAAAUAUCUAGAAAAAUCUUUCAGGAUGCAUGUUGUUCACCAAUUCAAUUCUCUCCAAGACAAUCAAAUAAUGAAUGUGCUGCCUCUUCUUCUUCUUGUUGGAAAUUUUCAACUCCACAAAAAACCAACAAAAAUAUUUCCCUGCAAAAUAAUUCUGGUUCUUCAACAGAAAGUAUUGAUUCACUUUCUAGUUAUUGUCCACCAAAAUUAGGAACUCCUGGAAGGCCUGGUUCUAAAGAUUUGGAUUUUAGUAUUAGACGAUUGUCCUUGCGGAAGGAGGUUGGAAUUUAA